AUGGCGGACGCAGCGCCGCCCAUCCCCUCGGCCGGAGGGGAACCAAAGCCCCCGGAUCCUACUCUGGGGAUACGCAGGCCACCGGAGUCGUCGUCUUCACCGGACGGCAAGAAAGAACGUGAAUCACAACACCCUAAAAAGAGAGUUAGAUCUCUGAACUUGAUCGAUGAGACGAGCGAGAUGGACACGGGAAUGGCGCUCAGCAAUUGUUGUCAAGAUCUUGGGUGCUCUUUCCCUUACCCAGUGGUGGCGAGACGGCUAAACAUGCUGUGGGCAAAAACGGGUAUUAUUCAGGUGACAAACCGGGGAUACGGCUACUAUUUCAUCAGAUUCACCAACAAGCUGGACUACGAACAUGCUCUCACAGGAGGACCGUGGAUGCUAGGAGACCACUACAUUACUACAAGACCAUGGCGAAAGGGGUUUAACCCCAGAACCAACACUAUUCAAUCGACAAUGGUGUGGAUUCAGCUCCCUGACUUGCCUAUAGAACUCUAUCAUCCGGAAGCGGUGCUCAGAAUUGCCAGUUACGCCGGGAAACCGAUUCGGGUGGACCGGGCUACCGAGUCCGGUGCUAGGGCCAAGUUCGCCAGGGUGUGUGUUGAGGUGGAUCUGACGAAACCAUUACUCACGCAGUUCAAAGUUGCGGGAGUGGAGUAUGAAUUUCAAUACGAAGGACUCACGAACGUUUGCUUCCACUGCGGCAAAUAUGGCCACCCGAAAACAAGAUGUCCAAGCCUCCACGUGGAGGAGAGUACCCCUACUCCCAUGCAGGCCGAUACCAAUAAGAAACCUACUCGUGAUGAACCAUAUGGUGAAUGGAUGUUGGCUAAGCGUCGAGGGCGUCGUCCUUAUGAGAGACAUCAUGCUGCCCAUGAAAAUCAGAACCCACCACCGAGGUAUGAACAUGAGCGAAGUCAACCUGAGGGAUCUUGCUUUGCAGUCUUGGUUGAUGAAGAAGAAGAAAUUAUGGGAGAAAAAAGUCAACCUGAUCAGAAUGCCAAUCAAGGGGGAAAUGAGAACAGUCAAACGAGGAAAAGGAAGGUUUGGGUGGAGAAACAUAAUAGGCAAAGUCCACAAGUCCCAACGAAGGAUCGAGAAAGACAUAACCAUGUAGAGGGAGGGAGUGCAAGUGCGCAUGGAAAGGUUUUAAAAGGUAAGGGCAAUGUUGAAGAGGUAGAGAUCGCUUGUGCAAGGGAGCAGUUGAAGCCGAAGGAAAAUACUGAAUUUCAGGCUGAGAAAAAUGCUAGCCAAUUUACCAGUGAGCGGGAGGCUGAUAUUCCCGUUACUACAGUGCAAAACGACAAUUUGGAGAGUAUCCAGAUUGAUGAACCUCCCGACCCACCUGGUACUCUCACUGGUUCUAGCCCCCUGCCCAUAGCAAGCGAAUCGACACUAAUACAGCAAGGGGAGAUCACGAACGGGGAUCUGGGAAGAUCAGCAACAGUGGUGGAUGCUACGAGUCAGCCUACGGAGAGCCUCACUGGGGAGGCCCUUCCACGUCCGAACUGA